ACUGACGCCCUCUUUCUCUUCGUUUCCAGGCGUCCAGGCCUCCAGGCUACCAAGUUUUAGCGUUUUGCUUGCUAGUUCGCUGUUCUCUUGUUUUGGCCUCAGCCGCCCAGCCUGCCCAGCGGUCCAGCCGCCCAAGCUGCCCAAGCGCCCAAGCUGUUGUGCAGUCCUUUCCCACUCUCCGACUCUCCUCCUAAACCUGAUUGAUGACGGAAAGAGAAGGCGGAGCCGUCGGAGUCGUGUGUUUGACGCGGGAUCCUAACGCUGAUCGAGCUUCGGACCAACAACAUCCCGUGGGAUAAUUUGAAGCGGCAUGGACGGCAUUUCAAAACGCCGCCCGACCUCGGUUCGCAUCCCGAAAACAGGCGCUCCCCGCUAGCCAGCAAUCGUCAGUGCGACUGACGAGUGCGGAACUGCCAUGGCAACAGACACCAGCGACAUCGCCAAGCAAGGUUACGUCCGGGUUCGGAGUCGCAACAUCGGCGUGUGGCAGCGCCGGUGGCUGGUGUUGCGGAGGGCGGCCGGGAGAACGCCCUGCCGGCUGGAGAAGUACUUGGAGGAACGUCACGCACGCUUGCACGCCGGUCAGAAAGUGGUGCUCCUGGGACCUGCAGCGAGCGUCUGCCGGCUGCCGGCCAGUGUCAAGAGACACGCCUUUGCUCUUGCCUUCCAGGAUGGCUCAGUCAAGGCCAUUGCCUGUGACUCUGACCUGGAGGCGGACACCUGGGUGAAGCUCAUGGUGCAGGAAUGCCUGGAACCUCAGUCUGGGCUUUGUGCAGGAGAACCGGACAUCCUAAGUCCCGGAAUCCAAAAGGAGCUCCAAGAGCAAUUCCACGUGCACCUGGUGCCGAGCCCCAAGCUGGAGGUGUUUGGCGAGUGCCUGCUGCAGGUGACCCACGAGCACGUCUACCUGUGGGACCUCCUCAGCCCCAGGACCAAGCUGGCAGCCUGGCCUCUCACCGCCCUUCGCCGCUACGGCAGCGAUCCUGCCAAGUUCACUUUCGAGGCUGGCCGGCACUGUGCUACGGGAGAGGGCAUGUUUGUCUUUCAUACGCUCGAAGGAGAGAAGAUCUACUCCAAGGUGCACCAGGCAACGCUGGCCAUUGCCGAGGCACAUCAUCGCUCCAAGCGGCUCCAGCCAUUGCCUUCUGCACCGCCGCAGGCUCUGGUGCACGCAGCUGGCACGACGUCGGCACCCCUCCCGUACCGCAGCUCGACGAGCCCACUGCAGCAGUUUGGCUCCUCGGAGGUGCUGGUAGACCACGAGCGGGGUGCUUCGUUCUGUGCCGGCCUGGCCACCUCAUUGAGAGACUUGGCAACCACGUCGUGCUCCUUGGACGACAUUCUCCAUCCGCUCGUGACGACGGCAGUCGAGCGCAGGGGAACCUCGCGAUGCAGCCUGCGUUCCCACCUGCUCCAGUUCCAAGGGCGCUAGGCGUGUUCACGAGGCCGUCGCUUCUGCUUCAGAGACUCAACCCCGCACACGAGAGACGCCUCGAGUGACUGGUGCCCGCGUUGUGUGGGGCAGAAGGCUGCCUCGAGGUGUGCGCCAACGUGUCAUCACGUUUUGUUCUUCGUUUUGGCAACAGGCAAGGGUUUACCUUCUGCUCGCCGGGGAAGCUUAGCUUGUGUGGCAUGCAGCGGGUCAAGGUGAGGCUGUGCACCAAGUGGGAGAGGCGAAGGUCUUGCCAGUGCUGAUGAUUGUGGCAAGUGUGGAGAAGGACAAACAGCUUUCAUUUUCCUACUGCCACCCCUGUUGGAGCAGCUGAGUGCUUGUGGCCAUACUGUCCAUGCCCAAUGAUGUUUCGAGGUACACAAAGUGCGCACUUUUCGGUACAAUGAGUGUAGACCCUUAUAAUUGCUCUCACUCGAGGAAAGCUAGCAAGAAGUCGCAUGUUGACCCCUCCUUUUUUGUGUCCACUAUGCAGUUUUUGUUGAAAUAGCAGGGAAUGUUGUAUAAUUAAGCGAUAGUGUUGCACGAUACGUUAUGGACACAGCAACUUUUAACCUAAGUUGCGCCAAGUGGGUACAGCUCUGUGCAGUACAUUUUCUCUUCUGAAUACCUGUACAGGAGUGGAAACUGCUUGCAACAUUUCCCACUAUUUUGCGAGAGGUUGAAUCUCAUGAGCCCAGUUGAACUUGACCAUCAUCCUUGUCAAUUUUUCUUGCUGUGUCUGCCCGCUGCAGCUUUAAAACCAAUGGAGUGGCUAUGAAUGCUUAAUGAUGAUCUUGCUAAUGAACUAUGAAGACAUGUUUGAGCAGCAACUUUUGAAAGGUGUAAAUACAUUUCUUUUUACAAAGAAUGCAUUUUAUUUUUACAACACAUGUUGAUAGCAAGGGCAGUUUUGCAAGGAUAUUUUCCAGUUGCACACUUAAGACAUGUUCAUAGAAAAUCUGUACAGGAGUCUGGCAUCAUUGCAAGAAUAAAACACACUCAAUCAAGA